AUUUCACUUCAGAGCGUUGCGGCGGGGGCAAGAUAUCACUUUGUUCAGGAGUCACGCCAAAGCAGUGCACACCAUGGGGAUUGUCUGCUGCAAGUGAUAGUUGGUGCUUUCAUGAAACUUUUGAAGACUGGUGCCCCAUUUUCGGCAUUUUUCCACUUAGCUACACCAGGUAUUUUAUUCAUAUCAAUAUAUCCCAAGAGGCGCGGCAUAUUGCUGAAACAUUAGCUUGUAGGCUGAAGUUAUUUCCAGUUCAGACCAGUUCACAAGUGGAGGAAACGACGCAAGAUGUACCAUGAAGAAACCGCAACUUUACAAAAGCCACGCUAUGGAACCAUUCAGGAUGAUGAGAGGCUGUCAGCAGAGGAGAUGGAUGAGAGGAGACGACAGAACAUCGCCUACGAGUACCUGUGUCACCUGGAGGAGGCCAAACGGUGGAUGGAGGCCUGCCUAGAGGAGAACUUGCCCCCUACCACAGAACUGGAGGAGGGACUGAGAAAUGGUGUCUACCUUGGCAAACUUUCCAACUUUUUCGCCCCCAAAAUGGUGUCUGAGAAAAGGAUCUACGACCGAGAUCAGGCCCGCUAUAAGAGCAAAGGGCUGCACUUCAGACACACGGACAACACAGUGCAGUGGCUCAGAGCCAUGGAGUCAGUGGGUCUCCCCAAGAUAUUCUAUCCUGAAACGACAGAUGUGUACGAUCGCAAAAACAUGCCCAAGGUGGUAUACUGCAUUCACGCACUGAGCUUGUACUUGUACAAACUGGGCAUUGCACCACAGAUCCAGGACCUGCUGGGGAAAGUGGCCUUCACAGAGGAAGAGAUCAGUAACAUGAGGAGUGAGCUGGAGAAGUAUGGCAUUCAAAUGCCAGCUUUCAGUAAGAUUGGAGGAAUCCUGGCCAAUGAGCUCUCAGUGGAUGAAGCUGCCUUGCAUGCUGCUGUGAUUGCCAUCAAUGAGGCAGUUGACAGAGGUCAGGCAUCUGUGACAAUGGGAGCCCUGAAUAAUCCUAACGCAAUGCUGAGGAACACCCAGGAAGCUCUGGCCCAAGACUACCAGGAUAAACUGAGCCAGGCCAAGGCUCGUAAGCAGAAUCAGUCCUCAGGGAGGCGCUCCUCGGUUGCUACUGAAGAAAGAGAUGUUUAUGAGGAGCUGCUGACUCAGCAGGAGAUCCAGGGCUCCCUUGACUUUGUCAACAUCCAGGCAGCAGUAAUGCAGGUGAAUCAUGCGGUGUCGACCCAGGAUGAGGCCGCUCUGUUAGCUGCACUUAAGCUUGAAGCUCUGGCCCUGCUGGGUGUUCAGGAGUCAAACUGUUGCUGGUACCUGGAACAUUUUACCACCUACUGCCAACAUAAAUCCAAGGAUGGAGGGAGGGCCGAGAUGGUGGACAAAGAGGAGAUUCAGAGAGUUGUCAGCUCUUGUAAUGACUCUGCUGAGGGAGAGAAACGAAAACUCGAGGCAGUUGCAGCGAUCAAUACAGCUAUUCGUCUUGGUAAUGCAGUGGAGACGGUGGAAGAGCUGAUGAACCCUGAGGCACAACUGCCAAUUGUCUACCAAACUGCUGCCAACCUCUAUCAGGCUGAGCUUUUCAGUUUGCAGCUACAAGGGGGGCGGUCUGGCUUGAGCCAUGAGGAGCUGAGUGUAGCUGUGGAGAUGCUGUCAGCUGUAGCAGUGCUGAACGAGGUGCUGGACACCAAAGACCCCCAGGCUGUGAUUGAGCAACUAACAGACUCUCCUCUGGGCUUCACCAACAUGGACCAAGACAAUCUCAACAGGUAUGCUGACACUCUUAUCAAACAGCGAGGGGAGGCUCUUGCCAAGGGCCAAGAGUUUCUCACCUGGAAUGAUGUUCAAAAAUGCAUUGACACAGUCAAUGUUCAGGUCCACGAGGAGCAUGAACGCAUCAUAGCUAUAGCUGAGAUCAAUGAGGCACUCAACUCAGGUGAUCAUCAGCAGACACUUGCAGCCCUGCUCCUCCCUACAGCCAAGUUGACUGGGGUGAACCCAGCCACAGCCAAACACUACCAUGAUGUCCUACAAUACACCAAGCAACUCCUCUGCCAGAUCUUACCUCUGGAUGCAGGGGAAAUGAGCUCUGGAGAUGAGUCUGCAGUACUGUGGCUGGACCAAAUCCAAGAGGCCAUACAUACAGCCAACCAGGAUGAAGAGGAAGCCCUCACAUUGGCUGGAGCAAUAGCUGAUAUUAACAGGGUGGUGGCUGAUGGGGACUCUGAGAAUACACUGCAGGCGUUACAAGUUCCCAGUGCAGGACUGAGAGCAGUGCUCCCAGAAUGUGCUGACACAUACCAAGCUGAACUGGUGCAGAGACAAACAAACAGUGCUACUAAAGGCAGCACUGAUAGUGUAUGGGUAAAACAUUGCAUCAAGGACAAAUAUGACUACUACUACAACCUGGAGACCGGACAGGGCACCUGGGAGGAACCUGAAGGAUUUGAACACAAUGGUGGCCAGCUCUGUAAAGAGGAAAUCCAGAGUGCUGUCAGCUGUGCGACUGCAGAAUAUAACAGGGAACAGCUAUGGUUUGCCAAUGAAUCAUUGGUGACCCAGCUGCAGGCGAGGAUCAGAGGUUACCUGGUCAGGAAAAAGCAUGCCCAGAGAAUGGAGCAUCUACACCAACAAGAACCACACGUCGUCAAAUUGCAGGCUUGCUGGAAAGGUUAUAAACAGAGGAAAAUGUUCAAAGACAGGAUGAAUUUGCUUCAGAAAAAUGUUGCUUCUGUUGUCAAGAUCCAGUCUGUGGUGAAAAUGUGGAAAGCCAAACGUAAAUACAAUCAGAGGUUGCAGUUCUUCAAAGAUCAUGAAAAAGAAAUUGUGAAAAUCCAGGCUUUUCUAAAGGCCAACAAAGCCAGAGAUGACUACAGAACCCUAACUGGGGCCAAGGAUCCUCCUCUGUCAGUUGUGCGUAAGUUCGUCCACUUGUUGGAGCAGAGCGCCCUGGACCUUCAGGAAGAGCAGGAAGUGACACGGCUUAGGGAGGAAGUGGUCACCAACAUUCGCUCCAAUCAGCAAAUGGAGAAAGACUUGAACCUGAUGGACAUAAAGAUUGGACUGCUGGUGAAGAACAGGAUCACUCUGCAGGAUGUUGUGUCCCAUAACAAGAAAAUGAAGAACAAGAAAAAUAAAGCGAGUAAAGAUGACUUGACUGCAGGAGACAGAGUGGGUAUUAAGGGCCUGAAUAAAAGCAAAAGAAGGAAACUGGAGGCCUACCAACAUCUCUUUUAUCUGCUGCAGACCAAUCCACCUUACCUGGCCAAGCUGAUCUUCCAGAUGCCCCAAAACAAGUCCACUAAGUUUAUGGACACUGUGAUCUUUACCUUGUACAACUACGCCUCUAACCAGAGAGAGGAAUACCUGCUGCUCAAACUCUUCAAGACGGCUCUGGAGGAGGAAAUCAAUUCUAAGGUGGACCAGAUCCAGGACAUAGUGACGGGGAACCCAACAGUCAUCAAGAUGGUGGUGAGCUUCAACAGAGGUGCACGUGGCCACAACACACUCAGGCAGCUGCUGGCUCCAGUGGUCAAAGACAUCAUUGAGGACAAGAGUUUAGGCAUCAACACCAACCCAGUGGAUGUGUACAAAGCCUGGGUCAACCACCUGGAGACGGCUACUGGAGAGGCCAGCAAGCUGCCUUAUGAAGUGACUCCUGAGCAGGCCAUGUCACAUGAGGAAGUACGCAGCAGGCUUGAGGCAUCCAGUCAAGCACUACGGUCUGCUACAGAUAAGGUCUUGAACUCCAUUGUGUCCUCACUGGAUAAUAUCCCUUAUGGCAUGAGAUACAUAGCAAAAGUUCUGAAGAACAGCCUCCAUGAAAAGUUUCCAGAUGCCUCAGAGGAUGAGCUGAUGAAGAUUGUAGGAAACCUGCUGUACUACCGCUACAUGAACCCAGCCAUCGUGGCCCCUGAUGGCUUCGACAUCAUCGACAUGUCAGCAGGAGGGCAGCUUCACUUAGACCAGCGUCGUAACCUGGGAUCUGUGGCUAAGAUGUUGCAGCAUGCUGCUGCUAAUAAGUUGUUUGAGGGCGAGAAUGCACAUAUGACACCGAUGAACAACUACAUAUCUCAGACGUAUGAGAAGUUUAGGGUAUUUUUCCAGUCAGCAUGUGAUGUCCCUGAACCCGAGGAGAAGUUUAAUAUUGAUGAAUACUCAGACAUGGUGACUCUAAGCAAGCCUAUCAUCUACAUCUCAAUAGAGGAGAUCAUCAAUACCCACUCGCUGCUUUUGGAACAUCUGGAGGCCAUCUCUCCUGAUCACAAUGACUUGCUGCAUGAGCUCUUGCAGGACCUGGGAGAUGUCCCUGAUGUAGAAGCAUUGCUUGGUGAAGGAGCAGUAGACCCAAAUGACCCAAACAGAGAGAAUGCUCUGAGCCAGCUGGCCAAGACGGAGAUCUCCCUCACCCUAACCAGCAAGUUUGAGCUCCUGGAAGGAGAUGACAGAGACUUGAAGACUCUAAUGACAAAGACAAAAAAGCUUAUCGUGGAUGUGGUUUGGAUUCAACCUGGAGAGACCUUGCCUGAAAUUCUUGAGACCCCGGCUACUGCCCCACAGGAAUCGGAGCAUACUACGAUUGUAGAGCGCCGGGCAAUCCAGGAUGCUCAGACACCAGAGGGUCUGAAGAGCAGCCCAGCAGUAUUGGAAGACAGCCAGCUGCCUCUUGAGCAGAAGAAGAGGAAAAUCCUGAGGAACCUCCGUAACCUGGAGCAGGCUGGCCUUGUCACUACUAGUAACAAAUACCAGGACCUCAUCAAUGACGUAUCAAAGGACAUUCGCUACCAAAGACGCUACAGACAGAGGAGGAAGGCCGAGCUUGUGAAGCUCCAGCAGACGCUGACAGCGCUCAACUCGAAAUCAGCCUUCUACCAGGACCAGAUGAACUAUUACGAUACCUACAUCAAGACCUGCCUGGAUAACCUCAACCGGAAGAAUUCACGCAGAUCUAUAAAACUGGACAGCAAAGGAGACGAUAAGGGCAGUAAGAAGUGGAAGCCACAGUCUCUGAAGUACACUGCAGCAAGGCUACAUGAGAAAGGAGUUAUUCUAGAGAUAGAAGGACUUCAGACAAAUCAGUUCAAAAAUGUCAUGUUUGACAUUUCACCCUCUGAGGAAGUUGGGGAUUUUGAGGUGAAGGCCAAGUUUAUGGGAGUUGAGAUGGAAAAAGUCCAGCUUCAUUUCCAGGACCUCCUUCAGCUGCAGUACGAAGGCGUGGCCGUCAUGAAGAUGUUUGACAAAGCCAAAGUGAACGUCAAUUUACUCAUCUUCCUCCUCAACAAAAAAUUCUAUGGAAAAUAAGAAAGUAAAGAACAAGGGGGAGGAAGCAACAGGAAAGGAGGGGGAAACUGAUUGUGCCUCCUGACAGUACUGAGUUUAUUGAACAAAAUUUUUGUCACAAAACAUCAGAUGGUGCAGGACAAUGUUUUGUUUCAUCUGAUUAUAAUUUGAUGGAUCACACCGAAAUGAAAUUGUCCAUCUAAAUGUAUCUGUUAUGUAUUUUUCCAUGUGGUGAUUGUAAAUGUAAUGUAUUUUUAAGAAUGAAAUUGUAAUGGUAUUCUUGUUUUGUAUGUAAAAAAUGCUAGGAAACACUAUUAUUGUUACCUUGUAUGUUGAAACAACUUUAUGGGUUUGAUGAACAUUUCAGAUGAAGCAGUACUGUCUCUUAGUUCAGAAAUGGAGCUGUGGAGCAACUUUCCAGCUGGCCUGCAUGGCUAUAUGAAAUACUAUAGUUUACCAGUGCCUUUUAAUUAGUGUUUAAAGAAACAUGUUUUAAUUAAUAAAACAUUAAAAAAAAUUAAAAGCUGCAACUGAUGUAUUUUUUAACAUGUAUUAUCAGUAUAUAAGUGAUUUCUAAUGUUUGAACAGUGUGCAUAAUAAAUUACAUGUCUACAGUA